AGCUAAGGGGCCCAGUUCACCAUCUUGGGACUAUCCAGACACAAUCUGCCCUCCUGCCAGCCAAUUCGAAGCUACCAAAGGAUGCAUCCUAUGUCACAUAAGUCUAUUCAAGCCUAAUUGCACAAUGCCCCACAAGAUUGGAUUCGUAGUUGUCAGCUCAUCAGGACACGAAGAUGGCUUCAGUGCGAAAGAACUCAUGGUCCAUGCGCCAACUGUGAAUGGAUGGAGAUCACCAAGAUUCUGCCAGUUUCCACAAGAAAUCGUCCUUCAGAUGGUCGAGCGAUGCCGGGUGCGAAAACUCCAGUUACUGGCUCAUCAGUAUAUGAUUUCAAGUAAAAUUGAGUUCUACAUCAGUGAAAGUUUACCUGAAUACUUUGUGCCCUAUCAAACAGAAAGAUUUCGAAGGCUUGGUUACGUCUCUCUCUCUGACAAUGAAAAGACAGGCUGCAAAGCUCGAGAGCUAAAAUCAGUUUACGUGGAUGCAGUAGGACAGUUUCUAAAAUUGACUUUUCAUAAAAACCAUGUCAACAGGUACAACGUGUACAGCCAGGUUGCUUUAGUAGCAAUAAAUAUAAUUGGGGAUCCCGCAGAUUUCAAUGAUGAAAGCAAUAUUACUUCCAGAGAGAAAUUGAUUGACCAUUAUCUUGGACAUAGUUCAGAAGAUCCAGCCUUAGAUGGAACAUACAUCGGGAAACCUGACUACAUUUCUCCACUGGAUGAUUUAGCUUUUGAUAUGUACCAAGAUCCAGAGGUUGCUCAGAUAAUCCGCAAAUUAGAUGAGAAGAAGAGGGAGGCUGUCCAAAAGGAGCGCUACGAUUAUGCCAAGACACUAAAACAAGCCAUUGCUGACUUGCAAAAGGUUGGGGAGCGUCUUGGGAGGUAUGAAGUGGAGAAGCGUUGUGCUGUGGAGAAAGAGGACUACGACCUUGCCAAAGAGAAGAAACGGCAGAUGGAACAGUACCGCAUGAAGGUGUACCAGCAGCUGGAGCUCCAUAACCUUAUGGAUUCUGAACUGGUUCGGAGGCCUUUUGAUUUCCCCCUGGAGCCUUUGGUUCCUUCUCUCAGUCCCGUGCACCAGAAAGUAGUGCCCUCACUGCAACAAGAAGAAAAGGCAGCAGAAAAACUGCAAGCAGAACCUCUGACCCAAGGAAAGCCUUCCCCACGUAAUUCCCCAAAUAUCUCUCUGCAACAUUCCAGAGUAGACCAGCCACGGGGGGCUACAGAUUCUCUUGGAAAGAUUGAUGCAUUGCCUUAUGAUGAGAGACCUCUUCCAACUAUUCGUAAGCAGCAAGCAGAAGCACAUGCUUAUUUAGAGACUGAGGUGACUGAAGAGGAUAACAAAGAUCCUCCAAGAGGUGGCUUAUCAGGAGAACCAGAACCAUUAACAGAAAAAGCCCUGAGAGAAGCUGGCGAUGCCAUUGAAAUGUUUGGAGAAGCUUUGGUGGCGGGCGCAUAUUCCAAGACGUGGUCUUACCGAGAAGACGCGUUGCUUGCUAUCUAUAAAAAGUUGAUGGACCUGCCUGUUGGAGCCCCAAAAGAUGACUUAAAGAAUAUGCUAAGAGCUGCCAUCUUUCUUAUAAGACGAGCAAUAAAAGAUGUCGUGUCCUCGGUCUUUCAGACUUCCUUGAAACUGUUGAAAAUGAUCAUCACACAGUAUAUUCCGAAACACAAGCUAGCAAAACUGGAAACAACUCAGUGUGUGGAGAGAACCCUUCCUAAUUUGCUUACUAGAACUGGCGAUUCCUCAGCCCGUCUCCGUAUCAUGGCUUCAAACUUUAUUCAGGAAAUGGCACUGUUUAAGGAAAUUAAGCCUCUCCAAAUUAUUCCAAGUUAUUUGGUCCAGCCAUUAAAACCGAAUGCCCCAACUCAUUUGGCGAUGAGCCAGCUGGAGUUGCUGACCCGCCUGCUGAGAGAUCUGGGGACUGAACAUUCUGGAUUCACCAUUGAUAACGUCAUGAAGUUUGCAGUAGGAGCUCUGGAACACAGAGUAUAUGAAGUUCGAGAGAAGGUAGUCCGAAUUAUUUUGGACAUGUAUAAGCUCCACAGGAUGGCUGUAUUAGACUACCUUCCUCCAGAUGAUGCCAACACCCGGAAGAAUGUCCUCUUUAAAACACUCUUCGAUGGAUUUGCUAAAAUAGAUGGCAGACCUACAGAAGCUGAAAUGAGGGCUCAGAAAAAAGCAGCUACUGAUGAAGUGGAAAAGCAAAAGAAGGAAGAAAUCAAAGUUUUACAAGGGCAGUUGGCAACUCUACAAGAAAUUCAGACUGACAUUCCAACUGGAAAGGGAAAGAAAAAUGACCCUGUAAAUCUAAAGAAUCAAGAUAAUCAGGGAGGAACAGCAACCCUGCAUAUAGCUCCCGAAAUACCAGGUGACCAUUCCCCAAGUACGAACUUUCUAGAUAAUCUUUGUAUCUUCUGUGGGGAAAGGGAUGAAAACUUCACCGCAGAAGGCUUGGAUCUCCAUUACUGGAAACGCUGUCCGAUGCUGACGAGAUGCGAACACUGCAAACAGGUGGUCGAGAUAGCCAGCCUGACAGAGCACUUGCUGACCGAAUGCGAUCAGAAACGUGGCUUUGAGAAGUGUCGGCGCUGCAGUGAGGCUAUUUCAAAGCAAGAGGUGUCCCAACACACAAAGAUCAAGGCUUGCAAUCCCGCCAAACCGGAAAGACUAGCAAAUCGCUGUCCGCUGUGUCAUGAGAAUUUUAUUCCAGGAGAGGAGGCUUGGAAAACCCAUCUAAUGGGGCAGGAUGGCUGUACAGGGAAUCCGCGCAAAGCUUCCUGUCUGCAGACGAUGCAAACAGGGCAGCCCGGUAAAUCGGGAGCAUCAACGAUGACCAAAUCGGGCCCUUUAGGAUCAAGUAUUGGAAGCAAGAUACCUACCCCAAAAGGACGCCUGAAUAAAAGCAUUGGCAGAACAUAUGCGAAACAGUGAUAACAACAGAAUUUGUUUCCUCGAUUCCAUAAGCGACUGAACGAGUUUUCUACCGUGCUAAGGGUCCUUCCGUUGAGCCCGGCAGCAUCGAAUCGUCUUGCACCCCAAGCUCCAGGGGGCCGCUCGCUGGCCCCAGGCCACGUUGGCCGACUUCGCGCGUCUGUCACUUUGGUUCCGGCCCCCCCUUCGGUUCUUGCGGUAGAGCGAGGUUUAUAGUCAGCCGAGUAGCCCACGUGGCCCAGUUCUGGCCGGAUCUCUGAACAUUCCCAUUUUCGGCAGUAUCCGGCUUUCAGAACCGACAGGAAGGCGGCUUGUUCUGUCCGAGCCGGGCCCGAGGUCACCUAACUGCUCCUAAAGCAGGAGGGACGAUCUCGGCACCGUCUCCUUUAUUUUACGGCCCAGCGUAACUUUCAGGAAACUACCCUAAGGAUGUUUGGCAAAUAGAACGUCUCCAGAACCGGCUUCGGUGGAGGCUCGCCAAAGUUGGCAUUUAGUGCCACGCACCGCUUUUAGGUGACCCCAGCGGGGUUUGGCGGAGAGCAAAGGGCCAAUUUCCCGGCACUAUAGAACCUCAUUUUGCACUCGAGAGGAAGCUGGGCUGCUCUCUUCCUCUUUGGCCCCAUUAUUGGCCUUCCUCUGGAUGCAGUCAGUCAGGCUGGGUGGGAAUUUUCAGUGGCUAGCCAGAGUGGGCUCCCCCCACAGUACCUGGAACAGGCCCAGAAAGUCCUAAAGAGACGAAGUUAAUGCGAUUCCCGUUUAAGGGUCCGUGCUCCCAGUGCACUGUAGCUCAACGCCGGUAGCCCUCCCUCUACCAUUCUCCUAGUCCUAUACUAGUGGGAUUUCCCUUAUCCCAGACCCCUCCUGCACAGUCCCCUGAACAUAAAUACAGUGGAAGUGAAAGCCACUGCUCUUCCCGAGGGACCUCAAGCCCUUUCACAUGUGAUUAUUCCCCAAAGGACAAGAUGGGAUUGAAAAUCCUUUCCGAUCGCCAUCACGGGAUCAUCAGGCAAGGCUCAUAAAUACAAGUCUAGAAUUCUUUGGUUAAAAGAGAAAAAACAGCCCCAGAUUUUUAUCUGUGUAUAAUCUGGUGGGGAGGAUCUGUCGACCCUUUUGAGCAGGCCCGAAACCUGCAUGUCUAUGGAGUCUAUUCCAGUAGUUGUUAAACCCAAGCCAGCUCAGUCUUCACUCCAGAUUGUCUUCUGUCCACGAGGCAUCAGACCAUCAUUUUGAAAGCUUUACCUUUUUUAAUUAAAGAUGUGGUACAUUCCAACUUUAAAAAAAAAAAUACUGAAAAUAGCGAGAGAGAAAAAUAGAGGUACUGAGUGUUCCAGUGAGAAAGUGGAUGUCUUUCAAUCACCUUGCUAGAGCAAUCCCCGUAGAAAGCAGCCAGUGGCAGCUGAGAUGUUCCAUCCCCUUUCCCCCGACCCAAUCCCCUCCCCUCCGGACACCCCAAACUGCAUCCUGAGGGGAAACUCGAGAAACAGCACGUCCCCUCACUGCAUUAAACUAGCAACAUGUGUGCAGGUUAACUGUCAAACUUCGGUCAUGUCACCUUGCUAAAGGUUUAAAAAUUGAUGCACUUUGAGAAGCGACAAGCUUGUUUUUGUCAGAAUUGCCAUAAAAUAGUAUGUGUUCUAAUCUGUAAAGCUGCCAGCCAAACAGAAUCCAUUAGUAUUAGAAGAGACCGCCUUUCUGGGUCCCCUUGACUGUUCUGGAGAACCGCUUUUGAGACUCCUGACUACCUUUAAAUGUUGCUGAAGAAAAAGCGAUCCUAUAUAAGGUAUAUUGGAUUUAGCAUUUUAUGAAGUCAGCAUCUGAGAGGAGCCUAUUGAUUUAAACAACUGGUUCUCACCAUUUCUAAAGAGAUGUUCUCAUCUACCAACUAUACUUUAAGAUAACGUGAAAGUACCCACCUUAUAAAUCGAUCAAAAUAGAACAUUACUCUUUAAAGUCUAUGUUGGUUGGAAUGGCAGAGUCCUCUUUCCUCUAUCAAGACAUUCUCACUUUUUUUUUCCCCGAAAUAUUAGCUGGGCAAGCAAGCAGUUAGCUUAGUCAUCACAAGCUUGGCUUGAGUAGAAAGUAGGGAUGUGUAUAUUGAAAACAAGUCUGUUUCUGGCUUCUUGCCGUUUAACUGUUUUUCUAAAUUGGGUUAUCAAAAAGAAAUGAAAUAUCCAGAAAGAUUCCAUGGGAAAUAAUGUCCUUAUUUUGCCAGGGACUACUUAUAAGAAAGGAGUUAAGAGGAAAGGAAAGUCCAGAAGAAAAGAGCUUAUAAACUCUAUGGUCUAAUAAGACAAGAGUGUCCAGUUUUUACCUCUUUGAAGUUAACAGUGAUCAAAAUGGGCAUAAUUAAAAGCAUUACACUUUAAAUAUUUGACAGAGUACAAAUGUAUAAGCAUUUUAAUACGAAUUUUGCAAUUCUUUAUCAUUUUAAUUUACAUUCAUUUCCAUGUCCAGUGUUUUUGAAGCAACAGAAAUGGUGGUGUAAUUAUUGUAGCCACGUAUGUAGCGAGCAGUUUUCCCUGGGUGCCUCUCCUGGCACACACAGCCUCUGCCAGGUAGUUUGUCCCAAAAAUGCUGAAAGGAAAAAUAUUUUCACUUCUGAAAGAAAAACUCAUGCCUUUCCAGGAAGACCUGGUAGUGUAAAUGCAGCACUGAAGCCCUAAGAAAUGUUGGGAGUUGCUUAGCCCCAAAGAUGAAUUGUAGUGCUUUUGCUUCUCUAAAGCAAGACAGUUACCACACUGAGGUUUUCCCUCAGAGCCUGACAACCAAAAUGACAAGUGAGUCUUUUGAGAAAAAAGCACUAAUUAGAAUGAAUUGACAUCCUUUGGUUUGGACAGAAAGGAACCAGAUUGCUGAAUCAGUAGUGUGGGAUGGAAUUAAUUCUUAAGAGAUUGAGGAGUAACGUUUUACAAUGUGUGGUCGAUUGUUCUCUUUGAUGUCAUUAACAAUAUUCUGCCGUUAACCACAAUAAUGUUUUCACUCCAGUGGGUAGUAAAUUAAUCUUAUUUUGUCACCCAAAUAUGGGGACAUUUAUUUUCUGUACCUACUCAAUUUGUAGUGUUCCAUCUGGGUGAGACGGCAUGCACAUUAUAGGAUCUUUUCUGCACACAAUUUGAAAUUAAAAGCGACACUUGAAACUCCAAAACUGACUUUUUCAAAUCUGAUCUUCUCGCCCUAACAUUCCCCAACCUACAUUACUGUUGAAUGUAAAAAGAAAUAAAGAAGAGCAGCCUGGAAUCAGUGGUAAACGAUCGAAUGGUACUCGCUUAUUCACAGUCGGUAAAAUGUCCUGCUAAAAAGAAAGUCUAGGGUACGCCAUUUUCAACUCAGCUGUCUUUUUUGGAAAUAUUGCCUUUAAAAAUAAAAACCGAUUAAAAUACA